CGAACGGCUGGUCAGUGCAGUGAGUGCACUGUUUGCGGUCGACUGCUCGCACCUCGCAGUAACGGUAAAGAUGGAGGACAGCAGUGGAUUUCGCCCAUCGGCCGGGAAUCUGGACGAUCCCCCUAACAGCCGAGUGUUCCUGGUGGUCAGCAAGUCGCUGACGGAGGAUAUGAUCCGGGAGAAAUUCUCGGGGUUCGGAGACAUCCAGGACAUCUGGGUGGUGAAGGACCGGCACACAAAGGAGUCGCAAGGCAUCGCCUUCGUGAAGUACGCGAAAUCUUCUCAGGCGUGCCGGGCUAUGGAGGAGAUGCACGGCCGCUGCCUCAGCGACAACACCAAGCCUAUCAAGGUAUUUAUCGCUAAGUCCCGAGGAUCCACAAGUCACAGAGAAGUGGAGGAUGGAUUAUUAACAAGGAUUUUUGUCAUGAUCCCAAAAUCUUACACGGAAGAAGACAUAAAGAGCAAGUUUAAGGAAUAUGGAAAUGUAGAACACUGUACAAUUAUUAAGAAUAAGUCCACGGGGGAAAGUAAAGGCUUGGCCUACGUACGCUUCCAGAAGCCUUCUCAUGCUGCCUUGGCAAUUGAAAAUUGUGAUAGAAGCUACAAAGCAAUCCUGGCCGAACCCAGAAACAAAGGAUCAACAUCAGAAUCUCAGGAUUACCAUGGCUCCUCUCGGCAGAAAGAGCCUGCGGUUCCCAUGUACCCCUACAAAUAUCGGUAUAACGCCUAUGACAAGGUUUCAGAUGCAAGAAACCAGGAAGGUGUGUCCAAACGACUGAACGUUGUGUCGCGGGUGCCCUUGGUGCAGGAUCAGCUGUACAGUUUAUUCGAUCUUAUUCCAGGACUCGAGUUUUGUGAGGUCCAGCGGGAUAUGUAUACAACAUUUGCUCAUGCUGUGGUGCAGUAUCCGAAUAUCUCCUCUUCAAUUUAUGGCAAAUACAAGCACCAUGGGUUUGAAUAUCCUCCGGGAAAUCGGCUUGGCCGUCUCUUACCUAAUGAUGGAGACGAUGGCACAGAACUUUACAGUCCCCAGGUUGCACAACAAUACCCACCAUCAGGUUCUGCCUACGAUCGAGCCUAUGCCUCCCCUGUUGCCUCUCAGCUUCAGACAGAUGCUUCCCUUCCCAGAUACAAAAAGAAGGCUCCCGCCGAUGCCCACUGCAGGGAGAGACUGUUCAUUGUGUUCAACCCUCACCCGUUAAGCUUGGAUGUGAUGGAAGAUGUGUUCUGUCGCUUUGGGAAUCUCAUAGAAGUUUUAUUGUUCCGGGGAAAAAACGUUGGGUAUGCUAGAUAUUCUGAAGUGUACAGUGCAAACGAUGCCAUAUCUGUUCUACAUGGAAAGAUGGUGAACAGCGUGAAGCUGAAAGUGAUGCAAGCAGAUUCUCCAAAGGAGGAGUCCAACAAGAGACAAAGAACAUACUGAAUUUAGACAUUUCAG